GUGUGUGCGGCGGACGACGGACGCGAUCGAGCGGAGGUCCUGGCCUGCAUCAUGAGCGGCAUCUCACACCGCGUAAAGGUGGCAGUAAGAACAAGACCGACUGACCGCUUCGCCCACGAGCACAUCCAUUUCGAAGCAACCGGUGACAAAACUAUUAGCAUUCGUGUCGGGAAGAACGAGGACCAGUUGAGGGGAUUUAUCAACAACAAGCAGGAGGGAUGGAGCUUCCCAGUUGAUGCUGUGAGAUUCUCCACAAUGCAAGCCAGGAGCUUGUGUACGAGACUUGCGGACAGGGAUUGGUGGUGGAGCUGAUGAGAGGAUAUAACGGAACACUUCUUACAUAUGGAGAGACUGGAGCCGGUAAAACGUACACCAUGUGUGGUCCACCGGGAAACUACCAGGCACGAGGAGUCAUUCCAAGAGCUAUUGCCCAGGUGUUUUCAGAAGUGAGAGGAUGCAAAGACAACUCCUACAACAUACAUGUGUCAUAUCUUGAGAUCUACAAUGAC